AUAAUCUCACUUGAGUAGCCGAUGCUCUGUUCAGAAUCCUUUAUUAUUGAAAUUUGAAACCCUAAACAGAGAACCAAGAGAGGAAGAGAAACAGCCUCCGAGGAGAACAAGACCUCGACGGCCGCGGCAGAGAUUUACAAGAUGAAGAAGGAGAGAAUCAGCAGAGACAGAUUUAGUGAUUUACCGGCCGAAUUGCUCCACCACAUAUUCUCUCUCCUCCCGUUCAAAUCCAUCGUCCAAACCAGCCUUCUAUCCAAACGCUGGACCCACCUAUCCCUAUGGCGUUCCCACCCUCAUCUCGGUUUGUCCCAUCUCUCUCCCAGUUACGGGGUUAUGGACUUCGUACCCACGGUGUUAUCUCGCCGUCAACCGGACUCCAAUAUUACCACCUUUCGCCUCUCCGGUUGCGUAAGUUCCUCUUGCUUCCUGGAUUGCGUCGAUCGAGUAAUGAAUCAAAGAAUCGAACAGGUCGAACUCGACGUUGAUACAGAAACAGACUGUUUGUUUGAUCUCCCUCCGAGUUUAUUCAAUUGCAACACGCUUAAGGUUCUCAAAUUAAAUAAUAAUCUUUGUCUAAUAUUCUCCUGGUACAGGGAUUUUAGAUUUCCUGCUCCGGUUUUGUUUCCAGCACUCCACACCUUGUGUCUUACUAAUAUAUGGCUCGAGGCUUGUUCGGAUGUGUUUUCGGGUAGUAAUUUCCCUCUCCUUAGGAACUGUGCUUGAACAAUUGUCUAGGAAUGACUGAUCUCAAUAUCAACUGCCCAGGCCUAGAAAUUUUGAAACUUGAAGAUUUGCGGCUGAAAGGUUUGGAUAUUUCGGGCACUGGGUUACUGGAAUUACAAGUGAUGGGGUGCUUGCGAUAUACAAGUAGUUGGGCCAAGAUUCUUGUCCCAAAUCUGCAGUGGCUCUACUGGAAAGACACUUUUAAUGUUAAAUGUGUGACGGACAGCUUUGAAGACCUCAAUAUGGGAACCGUUCAUUUUUCCUACCUGCCAUUAUCGUCACGAAAUCCGGCUACAUUGCAAAGUGCAGCGUCCUUUAUAUCUGCACUCUGUUUUGCUCGAUCUCUAAAUGUCAGAAGCGGAGUUCUCAAGAUUUUGUCAACCAUGGAUUCAGAAGAUGGACUUCCUUUUUGUUUCAAAAACCUCACUACAUUGGAGAUCCGUACUCACUUGACCAAAUAUAGAACCACAAGGAUAAUAUGCUUGCUUGGAAGUUCUCCUAUACUCCACACCAUCAGCAUAGGGGUAAAUUGUUCCGAGCACGUAAUUAAGAGUUGGGAUGAUGAUCAGUAUUGGAGAUCUCAGAGUGAAAAUAUCAAGUCAAUCUUGCAUCAAUUGAAGGUUGCAAGGAUUGAUGUUGGAGGUACUAAGAUGCCUAAGAGUGCAUUCCAUUUAGUGGAAUUUCUACUUAGGUAUGAAACAACUUUGCAAGAAAUGACCCUAACGUUAAAGAUUGACCCUGUUGGAGGUACAAGAGAUUCGUUCUGAGGUAAUGAAGUUCGAGCGCAGGCCAUGUACUAAUGUCAUAAUUUCUUUUCUUUAACAAGACCCGCGCCCCUUAACUGCGGAGGAGCUUUAUUAGAACUUGGCAAAUUUUAAUAGGAUGCUCUUUUUACUUGGGUGUUUUGUUUUCAAUUACAGAAGCAAUCAUUGUUUUUUCCAAACAAAAUGAAAAAACAAUGGUAACUAUGAGAAAUCAAUGGUGGUUUUUAACUGCCCAUUUUGCUAA